AUGGCUUCAGAUGCAGCGUCUCAGGUCACUGUGGGUGCUCUCAGUGCCAUAUUCGAUGAGACCAAGGACCAAGUUCGUGAGCCCAUCGUUCAGUGUGUUCAGGUCAAGCCGCUGCCACCCCAGCCAGGCCAUCCAGAACGCUACCGCGCCGUCUUCAGUGAUAUUGCAAACUACGUCCAGACUAUGCUUGCCACCCAAGCCAAUCAUGUGGUGACUGAUGGCUCACUGCGAAAGGGUUGUUUUGUUCGUCUCAAGUCAUUUCAAGCGAAUGCUGUGAAGGGCAAGAAAAUCUUGAUUAUUUUGGAUCUGGAGGUUCUGAGAGAGCUUGGUGAGGUAGAAAAAAUUGGAGAACCCAAACCUCUGGAAAUCAAAGCCGAGGAGGAAGAGAAGACCCAACCCACCACGAUAUCCAGCAAUGGAUUCUAUGGAUCCAAGCCCUCGAAUGCACCGGCACAGCAACCCAACCGAGCACAGCCGAUGCGAGGGCCUUCCGCCUCCGCCCAUGCCACCAUCUAUCCUAUUGAAGCCAUCUCUCCCUACUCAAACAAAUGGACCAUCAAGGCCCGCUGCACAAGUAAGUCGAGCAUCAAAACCUGGCACAACAAGAACGGAGAGGGAAAGCUAUUCAGUGUCAAUUUGCUUGAUGACAGUGGUGAAAUUCGUGCUACUGGCUUCAAUGAUCAGUGUGACAUGCUCUAUGACCUCUUCCAGGAAGGCAGUGUCUAUUACAUCUCAAGCCCUUGUCGUGUCCAGAUUGCGAAAAAGCAGUUCACCAACUUGAACAAUGAUUAUGAACUUACAUUUGAACGGGACACUCUGGUUGAGAAGGCGGAGGACCAGCAUGAUGUUCCUCAAAUUCGCUUUAACUUCACUACCAUCGGGGACCUGCAAUCGGUGGAGAAAGACACAACUACCGACGUGAUUGGUAUUCUCAAGGAAGUGGCCGAAACAUCUCAGAUCGUGUCCAAGGGAACUGGCAAGCCUUAUGACAAGCGCGAGCUCGGCCUGGUUGAUAACACGGGAUUCUCAGUCCGCUUGACUAUUUGGGGGGCUUCCGCGGUCAAUUUCAAUGUCGCUCCGGAGUCUGUGGUUGCUUUCAAAGGUGUCAAGGUUUCCGACUUCGGCGGGCGAAGUCUGAGCUUGCUGAGCUCCGGCUCGAUGACCGUAGACCCCAAUAUUGGAGAAGCCCACCGACUCAAGGGUUGGUAUGACGCACAGGGGAGAACAGAGGUUUUUACAUCUCAUGCAUCUGUAUCGAACGCAACCAAUUCCAACAUGAAGCCGGAUCAAUUCAAGACCAUUGCACAGGUUCGUGAGGAACAGCUUGGCAUGUCUGAACAGGUCGACUACUUCUCGCUGAAAGCAACCGUAGUCUACAUCAGACAGGAUUCUACCUGGUGCUAUCCUGCUUGUCUAUCUGAAGGUUGCAACAAGAAGGUGACUGAGCUGGACCCCGGUCAGUGGAGAUGCGAGAUGUGUGACAAGACUCACCCUAAACCGGAAUACCGCUACAUCAUGCCGAUCAGUGUGAGCGAUCAUACUGGCCAACUCUGGCUUAGUUGCUUCGACGAUACUGGACGGUUGAUCAUGGGAACUUCUGCUGACAAUCUCAUGCAACUCCGAGAAGACGACCCGACUGCAUUUGGUGAAGUCUUCCAGGAGGCCAACUGCCGGACCUGGAGCUUUCGGUGCCGUGCGAAAAUCGAUACCUUUGGUGAUCAGCAACGUGUUCGAUAUCAAGUUUCAUCCUCAAAAGCUGUUAAUUACUCCGAAGAAGCAUCGCGCCUUGCCAAUAUCAUCAGCUCCUACUCUCUGGAAUAG